CCUGGUUUCCCCGCCCCGCCUCUCACCGGAAUGCUCAGAUUGGCGUGGCGUCUCCCUGACAACGAUCUCUCCGCCCACCUUACGCCAGUCGUGACCAUUUCGUCACGCUCAGAUCCGGAAGUAAAUGUAAACAUGGCGAGGAACGAGGAGAAGCAGCUAGGGAAGCUGAACCGGCUGUGGCUGCAGAGGGAGAAGGAAGAAGGACGUGUGAAGGACAUUAGUAACAGACCAAGAUUAUCAUCUCUACAUAAAGCCUCUGACGUGAAGAAAUGGAUCCCCAGCAUCAAAAGUGAGAUUGAAUACUAUUUAGAGCAGUCUCAUUUGAUUCAUUAUUCGGACAGAAAGAUUCAGGAAUUCCAAGAAAAGAUUGAAGCACUGAAAAAAGAGUACCAGAGUCACCUGUGGAAGUUACGCAGGUUAGAUCCAUCCUGCAAGGAACACCCGUGGAAGCCGCGAGGAUACACGAGGAAGAGGGCGGCUGAUGGGAAAGCGCCGUCAUGGAUAGAAUCAGGUGAACACACUAGUGGUAAGCUGCUGUGCCUACCCGUCCUGUCUGACACUGCGAGUAAGGAGAAAAGUGACAGCGAGGAGGAGAUCUCAGGUAUCGGAGAAGAGACACCUGUCCCAUUGGACCUCCGCUGUGCCGAUCCCCCAGUGCAGGAUGCGCCUCUAGUGUUCAACAGCCGAAAUUCUCACCCCAAGCACCUGUGGCAGAGGUCACCCUAUAACACCGGCGGAGAUACCACUGAUAAACUCAAGGAGAUUCUCCUGUCAUCCCACCCAGGGCAAAACGAUUUCACCAGCCCAGGAAACGGUCUGGAGAACAGGACAGAAGACACAGCUGGGAAGACCAGAGGCCUCCUGGGAGUAGACUGUUACUCUUCUUCUGAAGAGGAUACUUGAUUCCACCACAAUAGCCUUAUCCUGAACGUGACAUUUGUGUAUAAAGGAUUUUUCCAUUAAUGGGAUGAUGACCCCCUACUGUGUAUUAUAUGCGUAUUUAUAGGUUGCUGGGUCUUGUAAGAUCACAUUUGUUAAUAAAGCAAAAAUAUCUCCAUA